CAUGAUGAGGAGAAGCCCCACAAGUGCUUGGAGUGUGGGAAGAGAUUCACGAGGAGCUCCAGCCUGAUUGUGCACCAGAGGAGCCACACUGGGGAACGGCCCUAUGAGUGUGAUCAGUGCAGGAAGAGAUUUCAGAGCAGCUCCAGUCUCCUCGUGCACCAGCGCACGCACACAGAGGACAGGCCCUUCCGCUGCCCCGACUGCGGGCAGGGCUUCAGGCGGAACGCCCAUCUUGUCAGGCACCAGCUCAUCCACACUGGGGAGAGGCCCCACGAGUGUGAGGAAUGUGGGAAGAGAUUCAGGCAGAGCUCCACCCUGAUCCAGCACCAGAGGACCCACACUGGGGAACGGCCCUAUGAGUGUGGGAAGAGAUUCGGACAUCGCGCCAACCUGAUCGUGCACCAGAAGAUCCACACUGGGGAGAGGCCCUACGAGUGUUCCGAGUGUGGGAAGGGGUUUCGGAUUAGCUCUGAUCUCCUCCAGCACUAUCAGCGUCACACAGAGGAGAGGCCCUUCUGCUGCCCCGACUGCGGGAAGGGAUUCAGGCACAACUCCACCCUCGUCACCCACCGGCGCAUCCACACUGGGGAGAGGCCCUACGAGUGUCCCCAGUGUGGGAAGAGCUUCUCCAGGAGCUCUACAUUGACCCAACACCAACGGAGGCACCGGUGAGGGAAGCCCUGCGAGUGCCCCGAGUGUGGACAGAGCUUCAGCCAGGGCUUGGAGCUGGUGGUCCAUGAGCAGCUUCCUGAUGGGGAGAAGCCCUACAAGUGCUUGGAGUGUGGGAAGAGCUUCAGGCAGAGCAGCACCCUGAUCAGCCACCAGAUGAUCCACACUGGGGAAUGGCCCUACGAGUGUGGGGAAUGUGGGAAGGGCUUCAGCUGCAGCUCAAAACUUGUCAGGCAUCAACGCAUCCACACUGGGGAGAGGCCCUACGAGUGUCCUGAGUGCCAGAAGAGGUUUCACACCAGCUCGAAUCUCCUCCAGCACCAGCGGAUUCACACAGAUGAGAGGCCCUUCCACUGCCCUGAUUGUGGGAAGAGCUUCAAGUACAACUCCUACCUCAUGAAGCACCAGCGCAUCCACACUGGGGAGAGGCCCUACAAGUGUCCCGAGUGUGGGAAGAGGUUUCACAUGAGCUCCAAUCUCCUCCAGCACCAGCAGAUUCACACAGAUGAGAGGCCCUUCCGCUGCUCUGACUGCAGGAAGGGCUUCAACCGCAACUCCCACCUUGUCACCCACCGGCGUAUCCACACUGGGGAGAGGCCCUACGAGUGUCCCCAGUGUGGGAAGAGCUUCAGACAGAGCUCUCAUUUGAACAGACACCAACACAGUCACCAAGGGGAAAGACCCACCCUGUGCCAGGAAGGUGGACAGGGCUUCAGCCAGGGAUCAGAGCAGGUGGCCCAUGAGCAGCUUCCUGAUGGGGAGAAGCCCUACAAGUGCUUGGAGUGUGGGAAGAGCUUCAGGUGGAGCAGCCACCUGAUCAGCCACCAGAUGAUCCACACUGGGGAAUGGCCCUACGAGUGUGGGGAGUGUGGGAAGGGCUUCAGCUACAGAUCCACCCUUGUGACCCACCAACGCAUCCACACCGGGGAGAGGCUCUAUGAAUGUCCUGAGUGUCAGAAGAGGUUUCAGACCCGCUACAAUCUCCUCAGGCACCAAAGGAUUCACACCGAUGAGAGGCCCUUCCUCUGCCCCGACUGCGGGAAGGGCUUCAAGCAGAAUUCCCACCUCGUCACCCACCGGCGCAUCCACACUGAUGAGAGGCCCUUCUGCUGCCAUGACUGUGGGAAGGGCUUCAAGCAAAACUCCACCCUCAUCAUCCACUGGCGCAUCCACACUGGGGAGAGGCCCUACGAGUGUCCCCAGUGUGGGAAGAGCUUCACCCACAGUUCUAACUUAACCAGACACCAACAGAGGCACCAGUAG